GUCUCUGUGGGCUCUGCUAGGUGGGGCAUUCCAUAGCUAGGGACGCCGCCACCCAAAACUCGCUCUGGACUUCAGAGUGAUGGAGAACAACACAGAGAAAGGCCUCCUUAAGGUUCAGGUGAGGCACCUGGAAGCAUGGCCUGCACCGCCUCCUCCUCUGCCUCCACCAUCUUUGCCUUCUGCCUCCUGACCAUCUGCCCCACGGACUCCCUCGACCCCGGGCCCGCCGCACCUCCCAGCCUCCCUGAGGUCGGCAACAGCUUCCCGAGCCGGGAGGCCUGGCCGCACCCGAUGAUAAGGACCACGGCGCACCACCGCGGGCAUGGCGGCCUGGGCAAACACGACCGGGCCCAUUAUGGCAUGCCGGCGCCCAGAGGGGGCAGGGAGGGGCCCGGCCUGCGGGUGCUGAGCCGGCCGGCAUCGGUCGACGACCCGGGGCGGACGGACCGGCCGGCGGGCCUCCGGCAAAAGGACGUUUUCCUGGGCUUUGAGUUUCCGUAUCCUGAGCAGGAAAACCAUGCCCCUGGGUCCGAACGGGUGAAGAAGCAGAACCGUGACCACAGGCGACACAGCCGGAGAGACAGGUUGAGGCAGCACAGAGGAAAAGCUUCUGACCCGGGUCCAAGCGCCCUGUACAAGAAACCCGAAAGCUUUGAGGAGCAGCUUCAGACCCUUCACGGCGGGGAGGGGUCUUCGGCCGGCUUGCCUCCCACCUCCUUCCUGGGCCCCACGGUAAAAACAUCCACCGAGGAGCCCCCUGCCCUCCACGCAACGUCCGCCCAGCCUCGGGUGCGAGUCAGGCAGGAAGGCGACGUUAUGCCCACCCUGGACAUGACGCUCUUUGACUGGACUGACUACGAAGAUCUCCGGCCGGAUAUGUGGCCUUCAAUCCGGAAGAAAGACAAACAGCGUGGUAAGAACGGGGGCAACGAAACCACCCCCGCCGAGGGAGAGUCCUGCGACCAUCACCUCGACUGCCUCCCAGGAUGUUGCUGUGAUCUACGGGAGCACCUUUGCAAACCCCACAACCGCGGCCUUAACAACAAAUGCUACGAUGACUGUAUGUGCACAGAAGGCCUACGCUGCUACGCCAAAUUUCACCGCAACCGCAGGGUGACCCGGCGAAAAGGCCGCUGUGUGGAGCCGGAGUCCGCUGAUGGAGAUCAAGGAUCCUUUAUUAAUGUCUAGAAGGGUACCAGGCUGCUUUCUCUGGGCCUGGAAGCAGGAGGGAUUAAUUUAUAACUAGUGUCACCCGGGAGGGACACGGACCAAAUGACUCAGACGCUGUAGGCUAAGCUGGGAUUGAGACAAGUGCGUAACAGGGGCAGGUUUUCAAAAUUCAGUUGCAGUGGGCUGGGGGCACACAGCCCUUCCAACUCAUCGAUUCUACGCUGCUAUGAAAUCCGGAGGCACAAUUCUACAUCUCCCCAAAGGAUUUAGCAGAUUUGGUCUGCUAAAAUUAAGAAUUAAACACUCCCAAGAGGAGCUUGCUGGAGUGUGCCUGUUGCUGCUCUUUCUGAGUCGCUGUUCCUGGCGGAGAGUCCCCUCUUUAUUGGAGGCAGACUCCUCUGGGAGUGUCUGUAUCGGGAGCGAUUGACUACUAUAAGCACACACACAUACACACUCAGUGAGCCAUGGGGCAGAACGAUAAACUUUUGUUGGAAGCGAGAGCAAGGAAUCAGCAAGGGUUGCACCCCUCUCGUGUCAACUGGGAAGUCUGGAGCGAGGAGUAAAUCCUGCAGCCUGAGCUGUCUGCUGCAGGUCUGCUCCUUUGAGACUUUGGCUUGUAUACAGUUGGGCGUACUGACUGGGGUGUAUGUACCAGAACAAAGAGACACCUCAUAUACAUGUGCAGGGACCCAAUCCAAGCCAGGCACUGUUAUAACUGCACCAAUCUGUGCAAAGGACCCCAAAUUCAGAAGGACACAGACAUCACUCAAACGAAGUACCACGAGAAUCUGAAUUUCACACCUCGUGCAUUUGAUCAAGCCAAUUCCUAGUACUUUUGCUUAUUAUCCAUUCGUCUGCACACAUCAAUUUGCUUCUGCUUCCUGUCAGUUGAGAGAAGGUCUGCAAAGUCCUGCCCCAUCUCUUCACCCAGAGGUUCCUGUUCAUUGCCAAGCUUACCUCCAUCAGGUCUAGAAACUUGAAUCCCAGCAGCCAUGGCAUGGCUUAUGAGCACCUGGGUCUUAACUUCCUCCCUCCUUCUCAUCCAGGACAUUGUCUCUUUUUUAAAAUCAAUGAAUCAUUCCCUGCCGGCUUUCAGCGUCUAAUUCAUUUGGUUAGCACCCUCCAAUCUCAGUUAUUUAUCAUUAUUUUAGGAGGAGUUGGGGGGGGGGUCCUUUGGUGGGGGAAGGGGGGGAUAUUUGCCACGUGAAGAGCAUAAGAACGUUUCUGGUUGCAGGGAGUGGAUCGCCUCCUGUUAUCCCUUUAGUCAAUGCCGUGGUGUGCUUGCAUGUUCCUAUUUUGAUGAGAUGUAAAUAAAGAGAUAGUUAUCCUUCACACAA